GAAGUUGUUAUAAAUGGAGAAGAUGAAAAAGAACGGAAGGACCCCUAUUUUGUGGAAACACCUUAUGGUUACCAGCUAGACUUGGAUUUUCUGAAGUACGUGGAUGAUAUACAAAAGGGGAAUACCAUUAAGAAACUGAACAUCCGGAAGAAGAGGAAAGCUAUACCAGCCUUGGCAGGUACCAAGAACUCUGGUGGCCAGUGCAGUGGCUGGACCUCCACGGAGUCUCUUUCUUCAUCAAAUAGUGAUGAGAACAAGCAGUCUUGUUUGACAGCAAAGCGUCAAGUAACCUUUCCUGUUGCUGCAAGACCCUCAGUUUCCUUUGAAGCAUCUCCUUCCUACUUAACUGUUCCUGACAUUAAGCAGCUUCCUCCUCCCUCCCCCCAGCCUCCUCGGCAUAACCUCCUUGUAACAAAAACCCUCAUGGAAACACGGCGGCGACUUGAACAGGAAAGGAUGAUGCAGGUCAUACCUGGAGAUGUCCGCAGGCCCCGGCUUUCCAGCUUUGGAGGCAUGGGCUCCACAAGCUCCCUCCCCUCUUUUGUGGGAUCCAGCGGGUACGGUCACAUGUCUCAGCAGUUGCAGAAUGGGUAUCAGGGGAACGGUGACUACGGUGCCUGCUUCAGCUCCUCUUUGGGCAGUUCCAUUCGCCACAGCCCCAUGAGCUCAGGCAUAUCCACACCGGUCACCAAUGUGAGCCCAGUGCAUCUGCAGCACAUCAGGGAGCAAAUGGCAGUUGCCCUCAAGCGACUUAAGGAGCUCGAGGAGCAAGUCAAGACCAUUCCUGUGCUGCAGGUCAAAAUUUCAGUGUUACAGGAAGAGAAGAGGCACAUGAUGGCUGAACUCAAAAACCAGAGGAAAGCCAGUCAGAAUGACACAUAUGGUUUCAGAAAGCGAUCCUACAGUGCAGGAAAUGCAGAGCAGUGGGAGCACAUGUCUCAGGUGAGAAGAGGUGGAGAACUGUAUAUAGAUUGUGAGGAAGAGGUGGAGAGUGUGGAGCAGAGCUCUCAAAGGAUAGAGGAGUUCAGGCAGCUGACUGCCGAGAUGCAAGCUCUGGAGAAAAAAAUCCAGGAUAGCAACUAUGAAAGUCCAGCAAACCUUGAGGUUAACAGAGAAAGCCUGACAAAAGAAGCCCGAUCUGUUGCUGUAGGUGCUGAUGAGAACAUGAAUGAUGUGGUUAUAUACAACAGAUCUGCAAGGCAACACAAAGAAGUAGCUGUGGGGACAGAGAAAGAAAUGAGAGAGUGUGGGGUUGGGGUGACAGAGGCUAUGCUUGGCUUGUCUACGGAGGUCGAGAAGGAGAUAGAGCUUCAGCAGCAGACCAUUGAAGCCCUUAAGGAGAAGAUAUACAGGCUAGAGGUUCAGUUAAAGGAAACGACCCAUGACAGGGAAAUGACCAAAUUAAAACAGGAGCUGCAGGCGGCUGGGUCUAGGAAAAAAGUGGAUAAAGCCAUGAUGGCUCAGCCCCGUGUCAGCAGCAGGAUGGUGGAGGCCAUUGUACAAACAAGAGACCAAAUGGUGGGAGACCACGUGGACUUUGUCGAUUCAUCAGUGGGAAACCACCUUCAGACGAGCAGCAUCGGCACCUCCUGCAGACCUGCCGUGCAGAGCGUGGCUGCAGGCCCCGAGCUCCUGAUGAGCCAGUGGCUGGUGAGGGAGAGGGCAGAGGUGCGAGACCAGGGCACGGGGAGCUCUGUUGAGCUGCGUGAUAAGGGGGUGGGUGUAGAGACAAGAGUCUGUGAGACCGGCAUCAACACAGAGGAGCGGGCAGACGUGCCGAGGCCCCGCGGGGCGGGGCCCGGGGGGCGGCGCGUGCCGAGUCCCCGCGGGCUGGCACAGGCAGCCGCAGCGGUGACGUCUGUGGGCUGUGGGGAUUGCUCGGUGGACGUGGUGGUUUGCACUCCCAAGGAGCAUGUGUCCCGUGAAACGGCCACAGAAGCUGUGCUCAGUAUGGAGGCGACAGUGAUGGCUGCGCCUUCUAUGGCUAGCCAGGAAACCAGCACUGCUUUGGAGAUGGUGAGUCGGUGCACCAGCACGGAGGUAGCCUCCCUGGCAGACUGCGGGACAAACACUGCUCUGAGCAGCUGCGAUAAACAGACCAACACAGAGAGCAUGGAGACACGGAGCGUGGCAGUAGGAGAUGGCCGGGUGAAGGACAUACACGCGUCUGCUAAAACGCGUUCGGUAGGAGUAGGCACCUUGCUCUCUGGCCACCCUGGCUCUGAAAAGCCCUCUGCAGUAAAAACCAAAGAUUGUGGUGUUGGGCAGAUAAAUGUUCAUGAGAACUACCUGGUUGGUCUUAAAAUGAGGAGCAUUGCCUGCGGACCCCCUCCAUUGCCAGUUGUGCCGCCUGGCACCAGGAGCAUUGGUGUUGGUGGGGAGUCUGUGUGCGAACCAGUUAGUGGUCUGUUGGAAAGCCCUCUGCCUCCACAUGAGCUGAGGACAGGCUUGGAUCACUAUAUCGAGCGUGUGCAGAAGCUGCUGCAGGAACAGCAGAUGCUGCUUGCUGAAAAUUACAGUGAAUUGGCAGAAGCCUUUGGGGAGCCCCACUCCCAGAUUGGAUCUCUCAAUUCGCAGCUCAUCAGCACCCUCAGCUCCAUCAACUCCGUCAUGAAAUACGCCAGCACAGAGGAGCUGCGGAGCCUGGACCUUCAGAAGCAGUGCAUGGAGAGAAGCACCACGUCAGGUGCUACUUUGGAGUACAUCCCUCAUGGCCAACUUGCAAACACCCACUUAACUUCCAAUUUGCGAACAUUGAAGUUGGAGCAGGACACUGUGCCCGCACAUGAGGAAAGGAAGACUCCCUUGGUGGAGGCUGUUCGCGGAAGGAAGUCCUUUUCUUCUCAGGACAAAACUCUCGCUCCACUUAACCUGACAGAUGACCAGCUUGCUUCUGGCCUCUAUGUAUGUACUAAUAAUGAAAACACACUCAAAUCUAUCAUGAAGAAAAGAGACGGGAAGAAGGAUUUGAGCAACACCAAGAAGAACCUGCAGUUUGUAGGCAUUAAUGGCGGGUAUGAGACGACAUCGAGUGAUGACUCGAGCUCCGAGGAGAGCUCCUCCUCAGAUUCGGAGGAGGAUUGCGAGGGCCACGAGUAUCCCCACAGCCGGCACACGGAGGAUGGGCAGCCUGCACCCCACGCUCCUCAGGUUUGCACCAUGGGGCCAGAGAAGGACAGCACCUCCCAAGAGUGUGAGGCUGAAGAGGUGGAAAUCAGAGAGAGAUAUGAACUAAGUGAAAAGAUGCUUUCUGCUUGUCACCUGCUGAGAAACAACAUUGACGACCCCAAGGCAUUGACCAACAAAGAUGUGAGGUUUUGUUUAAAUACCAUCCAGCAUGAGUGGUUUCGUGUCUCAAGUCAGAAGUCAGCUGUCCCUGAAAUGGUUGGAGACUACAUAACUGCUUUUGAAGAGAUUUCUCCUGCUGUCCUCAGACAUAUCAUCAAUAUGGCAGAUGGAAAUGGAAACACAGCUCUGCAUUACAGCGUCUCACAUUCUAACUUUGAAAUUGUAAAGCUGCUUCUGGACGCAA